CAGUAUAUAUUAUUAUGAUAAUUAUUACAUAUUUAAUAUCUAUUAUACCUAAUCAAAUUAAUUAUUAUUUUCAGAUUUUAAUUGUAAUGAAUAUAUAUACACAGCUAUGAACUAAAUUCAAUAUGCAUAUUAUACUAUUAUCAUUAAGAAUACAUAUUUAAAAAUCAAUCUUUCAGCAUUCAUUUACAUUAACAAUGAAUAAAACGUAUAGAAUUUCAUUAAACUUGUUUUUAUUUAUCGGAUGCUUUUUGACAUAUUCAGCAUCUAAUACGCCUAAAGUGCAUGUAAACUCUGGAGAAAUUGCAGGUGGAUUUGAGUAUACCUAUAAUGGUCGAAAAAUUUACUCAUUCUUAGGCAUACCAUAUGCAAGUCCUCCAGUUCAAAACUAUCGAUUUAAAGAACCACAGCCCAUAAAGCCUUGGUUGGGCAUAUGGAACGCCACCAUUCCUGGAAGUGCCUGUUUAGGACCAGAUUAUGAAUCAAAUUAUGAAAUUGUUGGUCAGGAAGAUUGUUUAUAUCUCAACGUUUAUACGCCAAAGCUACCAGACGGGAAUACGUCUGGUUAUUUAAUGAAUGUAGUGGUGCACAUACACGGUGGCUCGUUCAUUAGUGGCCAAGGCAUAUCAUAUGGUCCACAAUAUCUUUUGGACAUCAACGAUUUCGUUUAUGUAUCGAUAAAUUACCGUUUGGGUAUAUUAGGAUUUGCUUCCACCGGCGAUAGCGUUUUGCCUGGAAAUAACGGAAUGAAAGACCAAGUAGCAGCAUUGAAGUGGAUACAACAAAACAUAGUUGCGUUUGGUGGUAACCCCAAAAAUGUCACAAUCACUGGUUUGUCGGCUGGUGCAAGUUCUGUUCAUUACCAUUUGAUUUCACCAAUGUCUAAAGGAUUAUUUAAUCGAGUAAUUCUUCAAAGUGGAAGUGCAUUCUGUCACUGGUCGUAUGCUGAAAACGUUGCUCAAAAAACAAAGCACGUUGCAAACAUGCUGGGAUGUCCAACAAACAAUUCCGUGAAUAUUGUUGAAUGCCUUCGUUCUAGACUAGGAACGUCAAUUACAAAAUCAUUUAUAAACUUUAUGCCAUGGAAAUAUAAUCCUUUUUCACCGUUUGGUCCAACCAUUGAAGUAGAAGGAGAUGAAAAAUUCUUACCUGAUAUUCCAGAAAAACUCGUUCCAUAUGACAUUCCAGUACUCAUGAGUGUUACCCAAGAUGAGGGUCUUAGUACUGCUUUAUAUAUUAUCUACGAAAAUGGUAUUGAUGAACUAAACAAUAAUUGGAAUGAAUAUUUACCACAUCUUCUUGAUUAUAAUUACACGAUUUCAAACGAGAAUUUGAGAUCCAAAAUUGCCCAAGAUAUAAGAGAAUUUUACUUUAGUGACAAAAUAAUAUCAAAAGAAACUAUAAGUAAUUUUGUAGAAAUGAUUUCAGAUAGAACAUUUGGAUAUGCUGUGAGUAAAGCAGCUCAGCAUAUUGCUGCAAAGAAUACAGCGCCUGUAUAUUUUCAUGAAUUUGGAUACAGUGGUAAUUAUUCUGUUAUAGCUAGUUUCGAUCCAAAAUCAUAUUCCCGUGGAUCAAACGUAACUCAUUGUGAUGAAAUCAUAUAUUUACUAAACAUGAAUGGUUUCUCUGUUCACGACAAUGAAGAAGAUACAAAGAUGAUCAAAACUAUGGUUAAUAUUUGGGCAACCUUUAUUAAAAAUGGAGCGCCAGAUAUAGGAAAUUCGGAAAUUUGGUUACCAGUUUCUAAGAAUCCAGCAGAUCCUUUCAGGUUCGUUAAGAUUACUCAACAGCAAACGUUUGAAUCCAGAGAACAAUCGAACCAUCGAAAUUAUACAUUUUGGAGUAGUUUACCAUUAACAGAGUUUUAUGAAGUUAAUAUUCUGAAGACAUAAAAUCUUAAAUAUAGACAGUCUCCAUAUUUUAAUUGAAAUGUAAUAUACGGAUAACAAACAGAUAUUGUGGUUUCGACUUGCGAAGUAAAAGUUGAGGGGACUACUAAUAACUCAAUAACCAGACAAAACCAGGAACGUACAAAUCAUUUUUAUUAUAUUUGAAAAGUAAAAAAAAAUGUUAAAAAUUAUCAUUAUUGAAAAGAAAUCGCGUAUGACUUUGAAUAACGCCUUAUUUUUAAUUGUAUUAUAUUUUUCUACGGACUAAUACUUAGAAUACUUACCUUAAAAAAGUUGUUUUCGUAAAUUGAACCUCUUUGUGAGUACGGCCUCAUCUAAGCUCGUUGUCCAGUAAUUGUCCAUUGACAAUAAUAAUUACAGUCACGAAAGUCAUUCACGUUUAUCAAAAAUUAUGGAAGAUACGAAAAAAAAAUGUUUAAGGUAUUCUAGGUGUUAUUCUGUAGAAUAAUAAAUUAAAUAUAAUGACUAUGGUUAAUACGGCAUUAUUUGGAGUAUUACCUAUACGUAAUUUCCUUUCAAGUUGACAACUUUUUUCUUUCUUAUAUAAAAAUAAUUUUUACAUUUCUGGUUUUUUCUGAGCAUUGUGUAAUUUAGCUUAAAAGUCAUAGCACAAUAAAAUAUCUUUAAAAUGAAAAAAAAAAAUUACGGUAUAAAAUUGAAAAGUUUUGAAGAUACAUAAGCAAAUGUCCGGUAGGUUUGGUAUUGUUGAAGUUCAAUUCCUCACAAAUAAAAAAAAUAUAAAAAGUUAUGAUGCUGGCCGGUCACUUCCUCGUGGGACAUUGGGACACAUAUCAUAAUAUGAUUGAAUAUAAUUGCAGACCUAUAUUUUACUUUUGUUAAACAAAUUAAAUAUCCAUGUUAAAAAUCUGUGAGGAUUACAUUUAAAGGAGUACCUAGUGUAAAUAAUGUGUAAAUAACGAGCAUUUAAUUUGUCUAGGAAAAUGCCGUGUAAGAUCAGCUAUAGUUAAAAAAAAUAUGAAACUAGGUAUUCUCAA